UAUUUGGGACAUGAUAUCAUGGCAAUGCAUGCAUUAUUGAAAAUUUUGAAAUAGUAUAUGUGAUCAGUUGGAUUUUGUGUGUUAUCAUGGUGACUAUGCACCUGUAUUCACUAUGUGAACCAAUUUCUGGAUACUGUUAGAUUGUCUUGUUUUUGUGUGCAUGUGCUCAUGCUCAUGUAAAUUGUUAGGUUUUGGAAAUAGCUCAUUAGGUGGAAGUUGAUGGUUAUUUCUUUAAUUUUUCAGGCUACUUAAGAGGCUGGACUUUCCGGAAAUGAAGUUUAGUUUGUACUUUCUGGGCUAUGCGGAUGCUGCCUCAGCUCCAACUAACCCAGUUGAUAGAAUUGUUUGGACCUUUGGUCAGAAGGCUACAAUUGAAUUAACACAUAACUGGGGUACUGAAAGUGAUCCAGAAUUCAAAGGAUACCACAAUGGUAAUUCAGAACCUCGUGGCUUUGGACACAUUGGCAUCACUGUUGAUGACACAAAAAAUGCAUGCGAGAGAUUUGAACGUCUGGGGGUUGAAUUUGUGAAAAGGCUGGAUGAUGGAAAGAUGAAAGGAAUAGCAUUCAUUAAGGAUCCAGAUGGUUACUGGAUUGAGAUCUUUGACCUUCAAACUAUAGGAAAAGUCACUCUGGGUGCUUCUUGAGGUGGACUAAGGUGGCACUUAUAGGUGAGCUUCCCUGUUGGUUCGGAUAAUACUUGAGGGCCUAGUCUAGUAAGUGGAUCGUUUUUGUUAAUUAUUGUGUGCUUUUAUGCUACUUGCUACUGGAGACGAGAGUUCUGUGGCAAGUUAUCUUUGUUUUGUCUACUCGACUGUUGUUCAGUCCGAGCGUUGGUCCUUUUGAUCUCUAUUUGUACAAACAUUUGAUUGAUGAAUUGGAACUUUUGUAAGCCUUA